GGUGCGGGGGCGGCGGAGGGGCUGCACAGGAUCUGAGCAUUGCAUGAGCCCGGCGGGAGGAGGACGCUGCUGCUGCUGCUGCUGCUGCUGCCCGGGCACUGUCUGACCCCUGCCAGCCGGGCACACAUGCUCUGCAGCCCGGGCACCUGGAUGGAGGUGGCAGAGGAUGAGUGCCCACUCCCUGCUGUGUAGGGGCUGCCCGGAGCGGGUGUCAUGUCUCACUGUGGAGCUCGCCUGAUCCCCAGCCUGAUCCUCUGCCCGAUGGGGGCCAGCCCGUGGUUACACCUGAAGGACACCGUGUAGAGACCCCUGGAGCCGGUGACCCUUACCCACCCUGCGGACCACCAGACCACUAGGACUAGCAGAGCAGCUCCGGGCACUCAUGGGCAAUCUUUCAUCCCUGCAAUAAUGGAGAACCUCAGGAUGUGUAAAGAUCCUGCACCGUACCAGGGAAACUCCACCGUGCAGGAGAUGCUUGCCCCGGUGAAGAAGAGACCGGAAGAAGAGUUGCAGUGCCUGGAGAUGACGACUAAGCGGAAGAUCAUUGGCCGGCUUGUCCCAUGCAGAUGUUUUCGAGGCGAAGAGGAGAUAAUAUCGGUGUUGGAUUAUUCCCAUUGCAGCCUACAGCAGGUGCCAAAGGAGGUGUUCAGUUUUGAAAGAACGUUGGAGGAACUUUAUCUCGAUGCCAACCAAAUUGAAGAAUUACCCAAGCAAUUGUUCAGUUGUCAGGCUCUCCGGAAGCUAAGUAUGCCUGACAACGAUCUCUCCGCCCUGCCGGCAACCAUUGCCAGUUUAGUCAACCUCAAAGAGUUGGAUAUGAGCAAGAACGGUAUACAAGAAUUUCCAGAUAAUAUAAAAUGUUGUAAAUGUUUAACGAUAGUUGAGGCCAGUGUGAAUCCCAUAUCAAAGCUACCGGAUGGCUUUACGCAGCUUCUUAAUUUAACUCAGCUGUACCUUAAUGAUGCCUUUCUUGAGUAUCUUCCAGCCAAUUUUGGAAGGCUCAGCAAAUUGCGGAUAUUAGAAUUAAGAGAAAACCAUUUGAAAACUUUACCAAAGUCGAUGAGCAAACUGACGCAACUCGAGAGACUGGAUCUGGGCAAUAAUGAGUUUGGUGAGCUGCCCGAGGGCCUGGAGCAAAUACAGAAUUUAAGGGAGUUGUGGAUAGACAACAAUUCACUUCAAACGAUGCCUGGGUCUAUAGGAAAACUGAAACUGCUCAUCUACCUGGACAUGUCCAAGAACCGGAUCGAAAGCAUAGACAUGGAAGUAUCCGGAUGCGAGUCCCUGGAAGAUCUUUUACUCUCCUCCAAUUUAUUGCAACACUUGCCUGACUCAAUAGGUUUGCUGAAAAAACUCACAACUCUGAAAAUAGAUGACAAUCAACUUGUAGCACUACCAAAUACGCUUGGAAAUUUAUCUGUAUUAGAAGAGUUCGAUUGCAGUUGUAAUGAAUUGGAGAAUCUGCCUCCAACCAUUGGUUACUUGCACGGUCUCCGCACAUUGGCCGUGGACGAGAACUUCCUGACAGAGCUGCCUCGGGAAAUUGGAAAUUGUAAGAAUGUUACCGUGAUGUCUCUUCGGUCGAACAAAUUGGAGUUCCUCCCUGAAGAAAUUGGGCAGAUGCAGAAGUUGAGAGUGUUGAAUUUAAGCGACAACAGGUUAAAGAAUUUACCGUUCAGCUUUACUAAACUGAAAGAACUUGCUGCUCUGUGGCUUUCAGACAAUCAGUCCAAAGCACUAAUUCCUCUGCAGACCGAGGCGCACCCUGACACCAAGCAAAGGGUACUAACCAACUACAUGUUCCCCCAGCAGCCGCGGGGCGAUGAAGAUUUCCAGUCGGACAGCGACAGUUUCAACCCCACGCUGUGGGAGGAGCAGCGGCAGCAGAGGAUGACGGUGGCUUUUGAGUUUGAAGAGAAGAAAGAAGAAGAAGAAGGUCCUGGGAAAGUCAAGGUGGAAAUCAAUCUGAAGAGAUACCCAACACCGUAUCCGGAGGAUCUAAAGAACAUGGUGAAGUCUGUGCAGAACAUGGUUGGGAAGGGGGUUCACAGCUCCUCCCUGGAUAAUUCCAUCCCAACGCCGAGCGCGGAGCAGAAUCUCAAGGAAAAAUAUGAACAUAAGUGGCCGAUGUCAGCGAAAGACAUGAAGUCUGAGGUAUCGAAUCGGGAACAUAAAGAAUUCCAAAAGAGCCAAAUGUCAGACUCUGGAAACAUCCGAAGCUAUUCCCUGGAUGUCCCUAAGAGGAAGGAGAAGGAUGAGCAUUCGGAAAGAUCAGAGGAGCCAUUUGGACAUCGUCCGGCUGACAUGCGCAUCGCCGAGCUUCGUCCGUCGUUGAUCGAAACGCCGCUGUACCCACCGAAAUUGGUGCUGCUGGGGAAAGAUAAAAAAGAGUCUACAGAUGAUUCUGAGAUGGAUAAACAUCAUCACAACAGUGUGUCAUCGGGGACCUAUUCUGACUAUUCGCCUUCCCAAGCCUCUUCAGGGUCCUCGAAUGCUCGCGUAAAAGUGCAGAUUACCGCUAAGGAGGCCGUAAACAGCUCAUUGUGGGGUAACAGACUUACCCAGUCCUUCCCGCAGCCACUUGAAACAAAGCCAUUAUUGAGCCAGCGAGAGGCAGCGCCCAUUGGGAAUCUACAACAACGCAACGACCGCCAGAACCUUAACGACUCAUUCACUGAGAACUGGAACAAUAGCUCGCAUUACGACAACACUGGGUUUGUGGCAGAAGAGAAUACGGCGGAGAAUGCGGGGGGCAACCCGAUGCUCAAUUCAAAAUCAAGAAGCACAUCCGCUCACGGGCGGCGGCCGCUCAUCAGACAAGAUCGGAUUAUCGGCAUUCCUUUGGAGUUGGAGCAGCCCACACAGAGGAACUCUCAAGAAGCAGACAUGUCGCCCAGUAAUCCUUGGCAAAAUUGGACCCGGACUCCCAGUCCAUUCGAAGACAGGACAGCUUUUCCGUCCAAACUUGAAAGCACCCCAGUUAACAGCCCGUUACCGGAGAGGAAGGAGCAUAAGCCCCAGUCACUAGAAAACCCAAGCACAUUCUCCUCAGGCCCGGCAUGGGAAUUUCAUGACUCCAGCUCCAGUCGGAGCAUGGCAAAUGUGUUUCCACAUACUCACUGUCGCCCCGAGUCCGCCAAAAACUCCAUGUCAAUGAGCAAAAGUACCGAAAGGCUCUCUCCGUUAAUGAAGGACUUGAAGACGGGCAGGUUCAAAAAGUCUCAAAGUAUAGAUGAGAUCGAUAUCGGUGCAUUCAAGGUCUACAAUAUCCCAUUGCAAAACUAUGACCCGAGAAACAUCAUGCAAGGAAGCUACGACAGACCGGACUUGGGCAUGCUGCAAGAGCACAGCAUGUCCCGGAGCCAGUCGGUGCCCAUGCUCGAUGAUGAGAUGUUGAGCUACGGAACCAGCAGAGGGCAGCAACAGAAACCUGUCACGAAGAAGGUAUAUCAGUUUGACCAAAGUUUUAACCCGCAGGGUGCCGUUGAAGUUAAACCAGAGAAGAGAGUACCUCCUCCGUUCUCGUACAACCCGGAGUACCCGCCGCAGCAAGCAAAAACAAUGGCAAAAGAUUUGAUCAGCCCCAGGGCUUAUAGAGGGUAUCCUCCCAUGGAACAGAUGUUCUCCUUUUCUCAGCCCUCAGUCAACGAAGACUCUCUCCCCCCUCAAUUUACAAGUCAAGGGUCAAGGCCAGGGUUUUUGAAAAGAGCGGAUUCUCUGGCAAGCGCUACUGAGAUGGCCAUGUACCGGCGGGUGAGUGAACCCCAUGAACUUCCACAAACGGAUCGGUACGGCAGGGCGCCAUUCCUGGGGGCCAUGGAACGCCAAAGCAGCAUGUCAGUGGCCGAAUCUCAGUUCCUAAAGAGGAACGGCCGGUAUGACGACGACCACGGCUCCUUCCCGGAGGUGAAAUCUCAAGGAGGUUAUCAGGUCAAAACCCUCACGCAGCGAAGGCCGCUGUCUGCGAGAAGUUACAGCACAGAGACCUAUGGGACCUCUCAGACUCGUCCCGUUUCCGCCAGGCCAACGAUGGCAGCCCUGCUCGAAAAGAUACCGUCUGACUACAACUUGGUGAACUACGGCGAUAAGCCCACAGACGGUGACAUGAAGGCGAGGCAGAAUCAGGGAAAGAUAGAGGACACCUGUAACAAAAUGCCACCAGACUGGAGGCAGCAACUGCUCAGGCACAUAGAGGCUAGAAGACUGGACAGGAAUGACGCUUUUAAUGUUGGCUUGCUACACUCAGGAACUCUCUCUGCAAUGCAUGGUGGGAAAAGCAUGAGUUACACCAUGCACCAUUCCGCUAACUACCAAGACAUGCUUCUCUACAAUACUCCGUCGCAGCAGAGCAACAUCAUGGAUAAUGGACAGGAAGAUAUAUCUAUCAGUCAGUGGAACCCGUACCCACUGGGCCGAAGAGACGUCCCACCGGAAACUGUCGCUAAGAAGCUUCCUGAAGCUUUGCCUAACGGGUUACAUUACCCACAGGCAGGUAGCCAUAUCCAGACGUUAAUGGGAUCGCAGAGCCUGCAACACAGAUCCAGGGAGCAGCCGCACUAUGACGGCGGGAUGAACAAGGUGACAAUACAACAGUACCAGUCUCCACUGCCGAUCCAGAUCCCGUCGGCACAGAGAGGUCCUCAGUCUGGCCGCUGCUUAAUACAAACAAAAGGGCAGCGGAGUAUGGAUGGAUACCCAGAGCAGUACUGUGUAAGGAUAGAGAAGAACCCUGGCCUUGGAUUUAGUAUAAGUGGUGGACUUAGCGGACAAGGGAAUCCCUUCAAGCCGUCAGAUAAGGGUAUCUUUGUUACUAGGGUUCAGCCUGAUGGACCAGCGUAUGGGGUGCUCCGGCCCGGGGAUAAGAUCCUACAGGCAAACGGACACAGUUUUGUAUAUAUGGAGCAUGAAAAGGCUGUCUCGCUCCUGAAGAACUUUUCAACAACAGUAGACCUUGUAAUUCAACGUGAGCUUACUGUCUAAAUAUUUUUUAUAAGCGGUAAUAAUAUCAGUUAGACAGAUCUCUUCUAAGACGUUUUGCCAAUUGCUGGAUCAAUGGCAAAGAUCAGUGCCAAAUGUAGAAUAAUGGUUGCUAUUGACUGACAGAUGUUGACAAUAUACAUAUGGAAAAUAAUGUGGAUAACAGAUGUAGUCCUUUUAACCAAUAGCCUGAGGCUGGGCUGAGCAUUGGUGCAGUUUUAUAAAAUUAAAACGAAUAAGUUUAUUCCCAAAGUGGAUUUAUAGUUUUGAGAGCAUGGAAGCACACAAGAAGCAGCUCUUCCUGUACCUGAAAUCGCCAUCAAGCACUGCCUCGACGUUGUAUAUGUCUUUUAUAUAGAACAUAAAAAAAAUAACAAGAGGAAUCGCAAGUCAUAUUUUGACUUCUAUACAAAAAAUGAUUACAAAACAGAAAAAUAUUUUCUUAACUAAUGGAUAAAUUGAUAAGAAAGUAUUUAUUAAAGAUGUAGAUGUUACAUUGAAUUAUUAAUCCCUUUUUAUAUAAGAAAUAGAUACUUAUGCCUUAUGGAAAUCACUUUAAACGUAUAGAUUUAAUUCCAUUACUUUCAUUUAAUGAAGAAGUGGAACUCGAUCUCUCCGACCUGCUCUUAACGCGUUUCAUAACUUCUAUAAUUGUAUGUUAGCAGAUGUGGUUAAACCAUCAUUUUGCCAGAAAUUAUUUCUGCAUUGGGUGUUUUAGUCAUGCAUUAGGGAAAUCUAUUUUAGUGGGUCAUGGUUAGCUGAAAACUUUUUUCUUUUUCUUUUUUUUAACCCGAGAUUGGGUUUACAGGUACAGAUGUUUGGGUCAACUAUUUUUUUAAUACACACCAAGUAAGCCAAUACUUCAUAGAAUAUUUUACAGUUCUGUGCUAUAGUCUGAGGCCAUAAUAAAGUCAAUUAUUAUAAAAAAUAAAAAAAAGGGUUUUCAAAGACAGUUUGGGGAAGAAAAUAAUCGUCUCUCCAACUAUCCUUCGGCACUCAACCCAGUAAAGCUCUAUUUUAAUGGUCACCAAUGUGUAAACACUGCUUUAUCUCCCGUUUACGUUUGAACACCAAUGAAUGUUAAAACUCAGUUUUUCGGGUGAAAUUCAGUUACUAUUUCUAAAAUAUUUGUAUUAAGAAUUUUUAUGUUGUGGCAAGACGGAGCAUCAAGGACUGUUAGCUUUUCGAUGGCAUGUGUUCUGUUUUACCUUUUUGGCUUUGUUUAUUCUUAGAAUAUUUUUUUUUUCAUGCUUUUAAUUGCUUCUGUGGAAGAUUUUAAAUAAAAGUGAUUCAGAUCUUUA